GACUACAUUCAGUGUCAGAGUCAUUUCCACGGCGUAAAUUCUUACCACAACAUUAUGUCUGCUACUUUCCCAAGUCAAUUACUUUAUCAGUGGCUUUUGCUACCAUGUUUUUUACAUGGAUUAAGUUUCAAAACAAUCGAGCCAAUGAUGGCUCUGUCAUUUUGAGAAAAUAAAUGGCGUUUACAAUUUCCUCUCUGCACUUAUAAACCCACCUGCUGAUUUUAAUAAGUGGUUUUCUGACGUUUGAUGACUCAUUUUUAGUGCAGCUCCUGUAUAACUCAGUAUGAAACAAAAGAAUAACCUUCCUAUAAAGACAUCGUCUACGGAAAUUUGCGAGCGUGCUCUCAUUAAGUAAUGUUCAGCGCCAAACAAUAUGGCAAAAAGAGCUUUGUGUACGUUAUUAAGUUCCAAUUAAGGAAACUUACAAAGCAAGGGCCAAAGGACCAGUAAUGGCGUGCCUGCGGUAAUCCGUGACGUCAAAAAUCAACUAGAUAGCCUUUUUUGGCAUUUUUCAAACGGUAUCGACAGGAGAUCUGUAGAAAACACCAAGUAACGUCCUCUCUCUGGAAGAAGAUAAACCGUUCGUGUGUUGCGUGACAUGACAAUGAUCUCGUACGUGACCAGAAUCAUGAAGAAUGCUGAAAUGAGCGGGGAAGAUUCACACCAUGCUUUCGAGAGAAACGAAAUUUACAUGUCAGUUGUGUUAUGUAAAUAAAGGGAUUUUUGGAUUUCUAUUCCUAGAUUGCGUUUCGCGUUUCUCGUGAGUAUUUUAUGUAGUAAGACUGAAGGAAGUGAAAUUAAGUUAACUUUGUUCAAGUCCUCUCUCAGGAACUGGUCAGUGAAGCUGAGCCAACAUCUGACACGGAUGAUGCAUGGUAUUUUCCCUCAACUAUUCGAUUUGACGUGCAAAAGUCUUCGAUGUUUUGCGUGACAAAUGAUUCACCUCUGAGUAUAAAGGCUUUGCGCAACAUGAUGGCCUUGUGAUGUCACUUUCUGAACGUCACGCUGUUCCUGUCUGGAAUUUGAAAUGUCGCUUACAGCAAUCGUACUUUGAACAGUUGAUUCAGCUGAUUUCAGCACACAUUAUGCAAGUAUGAGACUCAUUGGUGAUAUUCUAUGCUUUUUUCGCCGUCUUCGUCUUUCAAAAAGACUAUUCUGUUGGUAAGUCUUCCUGCAGAAGAAGAAAACAACAAGGAGUCAUCACUCAGAUUCAAGGUAACCCACCUUGGCAAAAAGCUCGCCUUGUGUUUCUGAAUCGAUAACUACAUUGAAGCAUGGACUCGACUCUAUCUGCUGCAGAUCUGGGCUUCGCCAUUUCUUUCUCUGCGGUUGUCUUAGUAAAUCUCCUUGGAAACGGAUUGGUCUGCCUUGUUGUCUUCCGAUUCCGUGGGAUGCGAGCACCGGUCAAUUACCUUCUCGUCAACUUAGCUGUUUCAGAUAUGAUGAUAGCGCUAUUCAUCAUUCCAGAUUACGUGGUAAAUUGGGCUUUUCGAAACCCUCAUGGUAACACAGGUGACUAUCUCUGUAUAUGGCUAACUGGCGGUAACUUGAUUUGGGUUGGAAUGGCAGCAUCCACUUCUUCAUUGGUCGUGUUGUCCUUUGAGCGCUAUUUUGCGGUUAUCUACCCCCUCGACAAACGCUGGCGCCUUACUAAUCAACGAUUGGCAGUUUCAAUUCUCACUGGCUGGCUCUAUGCAAUUAUUUUCAACUUGCCUUUGUUUUUCGUGGUGAGGCAUAGCGAUGAAAAAAUACAUUGCCCUGAACUCUGGUCAAAUCACGAAAAAUUGUGGGAAGCGUACACACUUGGGUGUCUGUUUGGGUUUGGUUUAAUUCCGAUGGCAAUUAUUGGAUUUGUUUACUUUAGGAUUCUACGUAAGCUCUGGAAAGGACGACGUGUCCGUGCUACUUUAAUCUCGGACCAGGUGCGAAUCCGAGCUAUUCGGAAAGUGACCAAAAUGGCCAUAGUCGUAACUAUAGUGUAUGGAGUCUGUCGGUUGCCAAAUUUGGUGCUAUACGUGUUGCAACCGUUUGAGUCGAUUUACGAUUAUGACUCGCCGUCAUACAUCAGCACAGUACUGCUUGUGGGCCUCAACUCAGCCAUGAAUCCAUUUAUUUACGCCCUUCAUAGUGCACACUUCCGCCAUCACAUCAAGUUGGCUCUUCGUUGCAGUCAAUUCCAGCCAGCAGACUAUGUUCCAGUCCCACCGUAGAACUGUGAGGAAACCUUCUAAGGUCUUCAGUUCAGUUGGCUAGUGGAAGUCUGUUAACCACAACUCAGUGACUGACUGUCAAUAGCCAGUAGCGAAUGAACACUGCACAAGUACGGAAAAAAUUUCGAGCGUCUUAUUUGUGAACCACCAUGAAACAAAGAUAACUUACUGUUUUUAUUCAGUUCUGUAUUAAUAACUUUUUUCUUUUGUGUCAUUUAAAAGAUGUUAG